AUGACCGAGCGCACCCGAACAAGAAGAGAGCCGCUUCCAAACCUCCGCGGAGAGGACGAGACUGAGAUUCAGCUGUUGACUCAGCUCAUCGAGAGCGGAGCUUGGAUGCUCUCCCCGUUGAGACCGCCUACAUGCGUCAUUGGUCGUAUACCACCCGAGGAAGUCACAGAUGGUGGGCCGAAAUACUGCGUAUCACUCUACAGCAUGGGUAAUGGUGGCGUCAAGGGCCUUGAUUCUGGUCCGAAGCAUGGACUCACGAGAAAGGAAGCGCUCAGCAAGCUGUUGUUUCAAGUUGAGACGGAGUUAGGAAGGAUGAUGAUCACUGAUAAGAGGGAGAAGAGAGAAAGAGAGGAAGUCCGGGAUAGGGAGGAGCGGCGGGCUGGUGGAAGCGGUAACAACUGA